AUGACAGAAAGCAAUGUGGUAACUGCCUCAUUCAAUGGGAAAGUCUUGGUUCAAAACACCAAUGUAAAUCCUACUGCUAAAAAUUACAAAGGGGAGCAACCGCAUAGAUGCUCUGAGUGUGGAAAAGGGUUCAGAGACAGUUAUAGCCUUUCUUGCCAUCAGAGAAUUCACACAGGAGAGAAACCAUAUAAAUGCUCAGAAUGCGGAAGUAGCUUCAGUAGCAAGCAAAGACUCGUUUAUCAUCAAAGAAUUCACACAGGGGAGAAACCGUAUCAGUGCCUGGAAUGUGGAAAGAGCUUCAGAGAAAAGUUUACCCUUUCUUCUCAUCGAAGAAUUCACACAGGAGAGAAUCAAUAUGAAUGCUUGGAAUGUGGAAAGAGCUUCAGUGACAAUUCUACCCUUUCUUCUCAUCAGAUAAUUCACAAGGGGGGGAAACCAUAUAAGUGCUUGGAAUGCGGAAAGAGUUUCUCUCAGAAGUUACGUCUAACUAUUCACCAAAGAAUUCACACAGGGGAGAAGCCAUAUCAGUGCUUGGAAUGUGGAAAGAGCUUCAGAGAAAAUUCUAGCCUAGCUUCUCAUCAAAGAAUUCACACAGAGGAAUAUAAAUGCUUGGAAUGUGGAAAGAGCUUCAUUAGUCAUUCAAAACUUACUCGGCAUCAAACCAUUCAUCCCGGAGAGAAAUCAUAUCAAUACUUGGAAUGUGGAAAGAGCGUCAUGAGUAUCCAAGAACUUACUCAUCAUCAGACAAUUCAUACAGAGGAGAAACCAUAUAAAUGCUUGGAGUGUGGAAAGAGCUUCAGACAUAAUUCUACCCUUUCUUCCCACAAAAGGAUUCAUACAGGGGAGAAACCAUAUAAAUGCUUAGAGUGUGGAAAGGGCUUUAGUCAGUGCUCCCCUCUCACUCGCCAUCAGAGAAUUCACACAGGGGAGACACCGUAUAAAUGCAGUGAGUGUGGCAAGAGCUUCAGUCGGAAGAUACAACUCGGUUUUCAUCAGAGAAUUCACACCGGGGAGAAGCCGUAUCAGUGCUUGAAAUGUGGAAAGAGCUUCAGAAACAAUUCUAGCCUUUCUUCUCAUCAGACAAUUCACACGGGCGAAAAGCCAUAUAAAUGUUUGGAAUGUGGAAAGAGCUUUACUUUAAAGAUGAACCUCAAUACCCAUAAAAGAAUUCACACGGGGGAGAAGCCGUAUAAAUGCUUGCAAUGUGGAAAGAGCUUAAGCAGCAAGGACAGACUCGCCGACCAUCAAAGAACUCACACUGGUGAGAAACCCUUUAAAUGCUCGGAAUGUGGGAAAAGCUUCGCUGCGAAGAUAAAUCUCACUACCCACAAAAGAAUUCACACGGGGGAGAAACCCUAUAGAUGCUUGCACUGUGGAAAGACGUUCGCUCAGAGCCACCAUCUCACUUACCAUCACAGAAUUCACACUGGGGAGAAGCCGUAUAAAUGCUUAAAGUGUGGAAAGAGCUUCAGAAACCGUACUAGUGUCAUUUACCACCAGAAAGCGCACGCUCCAGAGACACAAUAUAAAUGCUCAGAAUGUGGAAAGUGCCUCAGUCAGGAAGCGGAUCUGGUGAAUCAUCAAAAAAUGCACACCCAGGAGAAACCAUAUGUAUGCAUGGAAUGUGGAAAAAGCUACGCUCUGAACAAUUGUCUUAGAAAACAUCAAAGAAUUCAUACAGGAGAGAAACCAUAUAAAUGUGCUGAGUGUGGGAAAAGCUUCACUGAGAAGUCAACUCUCACGACACACCAACGAGUUCAUACGGGAGAGAAACCCUAUAAAUGCCUGGAGUGUGGAAAGGGCUUUAGUCAGUGUUCCCCUCUCACUCGCCAUCAGAGAAUUCACACAGGGGAGAAACCCUAUAAGUGCCUGGAGUGUGGAAAGGGCUUCGCUCAGAGUUCCCAUCGCAAUCUUCAUCAAAGAACUCACACAUCGAUGGGCAGCGUAUGGGAGCAGCUUUCUUCAGAUCUCCAGCCUUUAUUCCCACCAAAAAAUCCAUACAGCGGAGAACCCAUAGCAGCGCGGUGCAGUGAGAUGGAAGAACAAGACUCUGCCGCCCUUGAAGAAGGAAGACAGCCUGGUAGCAUCAUGACUGGGAGCACUGGGGAAAUUUGGGUUGGAAGCAGACACAAGACAUUGAGGGAGAACAUCCAUGGCUCAGAUGUGCACUGCCAACAGUUUAGGCACUUCCAGUACCAGGAGGCCAACGGACCCCGAGAAGUUUGCAGCCGACUCCACCAUCUCUGCCGUCAGUGGCUGAAGCCGGGGAGACACACCAAGACUCAGAUCCUGGAUUUAGUGAUCUUGGAGCAGUUCCUGGCUGUCCUCCCCCCGGAGAUGGAGAACUGGGUGAGGGAAUGUGGAGCGGAGACCAGCUCCCAGGCGGUGGCCCUGGCCGAAGGUUUCCUCCUGAGUCAGGCAGAGGUCAAGAAGCAGACAGAGCUGCAGGCAAAGGAUCUGGUCACAGAAAUGAGAAGCGAUUUCCCCAAAGCAGAAAGGAAUCUGUCAGUCAUCAGGCAGAGGCCUCUGGGCAAUGGAAUGAUGCCGGCAAGCUGUCCUCAGCCAUCUCCUCUUUGUGGUUCAGUAGAAGGAACAGCUGUGAGACCUGAUCAGGGUCCCAUAUCAUUUGAGGCUGUGGCUGUGGAUUUCACAGAUGAGGAAUGGUCGCUGCUGGAUCCUGACCAGAGGGUAUUGCAUAAGGAAGUCAUGGAGGAUAACUGGAGGAUCAUGGCCUCUCUCGCACAAGGAAUCCACAGCGCAGAGAAACCAUAUAAAUGCAGAGAGUGUGGAAUGAGCUUUGGCCGGAAGAUAAUUCUCAUGUACCAUCAAAGAAUUCACAAUAGGGAGAAACCCUAUAAAUGCUUGGAGUGUGGAACGGGCUUCAGGGAACGCAACCAUCUGACUUCCCAUCAAAGAAUUCACACAGGGGAGAGACCCUUUCAGUGCUUGGAGUGUGGAAAGAUCUUAAGGCAUAAGACAAGUCUGGCUUCUCAUAAAAGAAUCCACUCUGGGGAGAAACCCUAUCAGUGUUUGGAAUGUGAAAAAAGCUUCACUCACAAAAUAAGUCUCCUGCACCAUCAAACAGUUCACUCUGGUGAGAAACCACAUAAAUGCUCACAAUGUGGAAAGAGCUUCGCUUUGAAGAAAAACCUCACUUCCCAUCAAAGAAUUCACACCGGGGAGAAACCGUAUAAAUGUUUGCAGUGCGGAAAGAGAUUCAGUCAGAGCUCCCAUCUCACUUACCAUCAGAGAAUUCACACAGGGGAGAAGCCAUAUAAAUGUUUAGAGUGUGGAAAGAACUUCAGCCAAAGUACUAGUCUAAUUUAUCACCAGAAAUCGCACACUGCAGAGUCACAAUAUAAAUGCUUGGAUUGUGGAAAGUGCCUCAGUCAGGAGGCAGAUCUCGUUAAUCAUCAAAAAAUGCACAUCCAGGAGAAACCACAUGUAUGUUUGGAAUGCGGGAAAAGGUACACUCAGAAGAAUUGUCUUAGAAAACAUCAAAGAAUUCAUACGGGAGAGAAACAAUAUAAAUGUUCUGAGUGCGGAAAAAGCUUCAUUGAGAAGUCAGCUCUCACGACACACCAACGAGUUCAUACGGGAGAGAAACCCUAUAAGUGCCUGGAGUGUGGAAAGGGCUUCGCUCAGAGUUCCCAUCGCAAUGUUCACCAAAGAACUCACAAAUCGAUGGGCAGUGUAUGGGAGCAGCUUUCUUCAGAUCUCCAGCCUUUAUUCCCACCAAAAAAUCCAUACAGCGGAGAACCCAUAUAAAGACUUGGAAUAUUAAAGGAGCUUUAGGAGCA